CCACCCAAUUUAAGGUACCCCCAAUAUAAGAGACUUCAUUUGAUCUGAACCAGGGGUGAGUGCAUUUCGUUUUGCGAGGGCGUAGCCAAGGGCGCAGCCUAAGGGUAUGGGAGGGGCUGAAAAUAGAAGAUAUUCCUGGUAUACUUAAAAUUAGGGUGUGACUUUUCAGGGCGAGGUCAAGUUCUCAAGAACGGGAUAAUUAAUUUUAAUAUUCUUAGAUAAAAAAAUAUCUAAAAAUGUCCAAAUCAAUCACCAAUUUUAUUUUUAUUCUCUUGAUAUUAAAAUUAAAUUUAUUCUUAUUUGUCGAGUCGACGGACGAUAAAUGCGGGAAGGAUUUAAAAUUAGUACAAAAAUUUUUUAAAUUUUUGUAUAACGAUGAGGGAAUUAAUAAAGAAUUUAAAGAUAUACUGCUUAAAAAAUAUUCAACAUUUUUAACUAAAAUAGCAAAUAAAAAGGCAAGGAAAGCAAGAAAAACAAAGGAAACAAAGGAAAAUUUAAUUGAGGAGAACGUUAAAAAUGAUUCCCCAAAGUCUUCAGAUGCGAACAGUUUGAAGUCACUGAACACUGAAGUUAGUAAUAAUAAGGGGAUAAAUGAGGGAAGAAAGGAGGUACAAAUAGUACAGACGUUUAAUGAGUUGUUGAAUGAAAAUAAGGAUGAUAACAAUAAAGAGACCUCCGAGAAGACCUCCCUCCCAGGAGACAGGAACAAAUCCGACUCCGAGGGAUGGACUGGAGAGGGAAGAAACAAGGAACAAAUGGAACCACAAAAAGUACAGACGUUUACUGAAUUGCUUAAUGAAAAUAGUGAUGAUAAUGAGGCUGAACACCUCACAGAAGACAGGAACAAAUUGGACAUGGAGGGAUGGAUUUCCCCUGAAAGUUCUUCAAGACAUGCUUCAAGACAUGCUAAUGAUAAUAUUGAUAAUUAUAAAGAUGCUGAUAAAGAAGUCGAAUCAACCCCGGAAGUUGGCAAAGGAUUAGAAGAUGUUGACUUGGCUUGUGAGGCACGCACAGCGCAAAUAAUCGAGGAAUUGUUUAGGGAUAUUGAGACAGUCCCGGAGACAGAACAUAAAGAAGAAGGACACAUACCAGAACACCUCCAAGAAGUCAACAACCACCAGGUGGAAGUUGACUUGAUUUCCAAUCCAAGCCCUUCAAAUGAUGCGCCUAAUCAUCCGAGCCCCUCACAGCAAAUGCCGAAUUAUCUGCUCGCCAGGAACACAAAUAAUGGCGAUGAAGCGCCUAAUCUUCUGAGCUUCAAUCCGAGCUCUUCACAGCAAGUGCCAAAUAACGGUAAUUUUAUAUUUGUUUUAUCAACUAAGUCCCAUUGCUCAUUUCAUCCCGGUUUUUUAUCCAAAAAUGGGGAUCUGAAGACUGGAAAUUGGCUAGGUCCCGGGCGUUAA